UUUGAAGUGCUUCGAUUCUCACACACCAUGUCGGCCCUCUGGAACCACGUCGUCCAGCAGUAUGACCCCCUGCUCAUCGACUUUGUCGGCAACUCGGCCGUCAGCGUCGUCUCCUUCUGGCUGCCUUCGCUCUUCUUCCUCUCGCUGGAAUCGAUCUCGCCACAGUUCUCGACCAGGCAUAAGAUCCAGCCGGCGCCCAAGCAGCCCACCAGAGCCCAGAUCUGGGACUGCGUGGGCGUCGUGGUGAGAAAUCAGUUGAUCUCCUUCGCCAUGAGCGGACUCAACACCCUCGCAGCAGCCAAGCUGCAAAUGCCCUCGUCGUUCCGCAUCACGGCAGAGCUGCCCGGUGCAUACGAGCUUCUCCGCGACAUUGCGCUCUGCUGGAUCGGCCGUGAGGUUCUAUUCUACUAUUCGCACCGCCUGCUGCACUGGCCGCCGCUCUACAGGCCCAUCCACAAACUACACCACCGGUUUACAGCGCCAAUGGCACUGGCAGCCCAAUACGCGCACCCAAUUGAGCAUGUCUUUGGCAAUGUCCUCCCGGCCGUGCUGCCGGCCGUGCUGCUGAACACGCACAUCCUCACCUUCUGGCUCUUUCUGACCAUGGUCCUGGUCGAGACCACCACCACCCACAGCGGCUAUGACUUUUUCGCUGGGGCAGCCCGCUCGCACGACAUCCACCACGAGAAAUUCAACUAUAACUUCGGCGGGAUGGGGCUGUUGGAUCGGGUGCACGGGACCAAGUACGAGACGGUGGACGCUCGCAAGAACCAAUAA